GCCACAUGCAUACACGCGCGCGCAGUGCGCACAUGAUCAUUAGAUUUUAUGAUGAAUGUGUUAAUAUUUGUGCGGUGAAGUUGCAAUACACAUAGAAUUUAGAAUUUAUCGAUAUUUCGUCACAACGAGUGAUCAUCAUGUGUGAUUUGUAGAACAGAAAUAUCGACAAUUGGGUCAUUCGUUCACUGCGAAAUUUUUUUUCCACACCAUUGAUUGUGAACGAGGAACAAUUUUUCCAGUCAACUCGGAAUGUUAUUCGAUAUGUACAAUUGGAAAAAAGAUCAGUCCAUCGUACAGACAUCAUUGAAACAUCGUAUCCUUGAUACAUUUCGUCAUUGAAAAAUAAAUGCUCAGUAUGGAACAAAAUUUCUUAUCAAAUUAAAAUAUUAUUAUUAAAAUGAUAGAAUCUGAUCACAGUGAAAUUGAGGCAGAAGACAUGGAUAGACUACAACUAUCGUCUACUUCUGUAGAUAACACAUCAAAAAAAAGGCCAAGAGAUUCUGAAGAUGAAAUAGAUUUAUCUAAAAAACGACAAUGCUCAUUUAAUGAACAGUCAGAAAUAUUAGAGAGCGAUAACUCUAAAACUAUUUCAGAAAAAAAUAAUUCAGAGAGAUGCUAUGUGAAAGUGGAAAGAUAUAAAUUGUAUCAAGAAAAACAGCAAAGUGUACAAGAGGUAUCUCUAUCUGAAUCAGACAUGGAUGGGAAGAAUAAGGAGAAACAAGGAGAUAAUUCAAAGCAAGAAAAUGAAAGAGAAACUGAGAAUAAUAUUACUUUAAACAAAAAUUCUGAAGAAAUAAAUAUUAAGGAGAAAAUUGUGGAAAGCAUGGAUAAUUCAUUCCAAAAGUGUAUUACAAAUGUAAGUGUGAUGUCUAUUCCUGAAAACAAGAAAGAAACAACAGGAGAUAAUAAAGUUAAAGAAGAAAGUGGCAAAACGAUGACUAAAGAGGAAAAUAACAAGGAGGAUGAAAUGAAAAAACGACAUAUCGUUAAGAAAUGUACUGUCGAUACAGAAGUGGUAGAUGGACUGGAGCUUUUCGUGGAAUGUGCGAGUGAUAGGGAAGAAUCUAGUUCUGAGAGUGAAGAUGAAAAAGAUGUGAAACCACGACCGAAGACAAUAAUCGUGAAUGCAGAGCCAAAUGAAUCGGAAUUAGACUGUUCGUCAGAAGAAGAAGAGGCUGAUUUGCAACAGAUCGCCGACACAUUGAAGAUCAAAUCAGAAAAAAGUAGGGAAAAAGCAGCGAAGAAAAAAGGUUCGCGAACAAGUUUUAGUAAAUUGAAGACUUCUGGAUCAGAGGAUAGUCGGAAUAGCAAUUCAGACGAGGAUUAUAGUCCACGGAUGAAAAAGAAAAUGACAAAAUCUCCAGCUACGAGAAAAUCGACAACCGACAAACAUCGCUCGAUCGAAUCAAAAAGAGGACGAGGUAUAAGAAGUUCUCACCCAAAAAAUACCGAAUGUCUAAUGUCCAACGAUGAGGAUACUACUGCAGCAGAGAAAGCCAAUAAAACGACUGAAAUUAAGAAUGGACUGCAGGGAGAAUUAUCGAAUAUGGAAUCGUCCAGUAAAGAUGAUGAAAGUGACAAUAAUUCCGGAAAAGAAGAAAGAUCUAUGAAAAGUGGAAGGGGAAGCCGUGGUAAUGACAAAGGAGAUAAACAGAUACAGAGAUUGAAGAAAUAUUUAAAGGUUGCUGGUGUGAAAAUUCAAUCGUAUAAUCGCAUUUGGGCCGAUUGUAGGAAUAACGCUGCAAAAGUUAAUCGUCUGAAGGAAUUAUUAAAGAAAAACGGUAUUAGUGGUAAACCAUCGUUGGAAAAAUGUAAACGAGUGAGAGAAGAGAAUGAAAAGAUGAAGGAGGUAUCUGAAUUGGAUAUGUCAAACAUUAUAUCUGAAGGACGAAUUACGCGCGCACGAAGAAGUAUGGAUACUGUUAAAAAGACACUUUCAGACACACCAUCGCGAUAUCGAGAACAUAACACUUUUAGGCGUAUUCAAACUGUUGUUGAUAGUGAUUCGGAAUAGAGGACAUAGCAUGCUCUCACGAUAAAUGUUGAAUAUAAUUGUAAUAUAAAUUUAAUGGCGAAUUCGGCACAUAUGCACUUAAUCCGCUCUAGUGCUGCCCUGACAUGCCCUGCAAGUGCAAAACUACUUUAGUGCUAUGCCAAAUUGCACUGUCAGAAACGUUGCAACAUUUUUUGAACUCGUUCGGUUCAUUCAAUUGGUCUAAAUAUAAAUUCAGCAGUACACUCAGUUUUCAUUUGCCAACUACGAUAAUCUUAACGCACUGAAAUAGUGCGCACAAGCCAAAUGCAUGGUAUUGAAAAAGUUCGCACUCGGUGCGCACUAGUGUGGUCUAGUCUGCCGAAUUCGCUAUUAUAAGGCCAGAAUCAGACUAUAUAUAUAUAUAUAUAUUGUAGAUUAAGAUUAAAGAUUGAAAUUUCACCAAUGAAGACAAAGAAAUUUUGACUUCUUUUGUUCUAAUUGAUCAAACUUCAAUCUUUCAAUCUUCAGUCUCAUUCUUCAAUGCGUAGUCUGAUUCCAGUCUAAGUAUUUAAACAUCAGAGAACAGGUACCAACAAUUGUGUAUAUAUUCGUGCGCGCGCGCGCGCGCGCGCGCGCGCGUGUGUGUGUGUGUGUGUGUGUGUGUACACGCUGUCCUGUCCACAUCUAUGUAGAAUGUUUUGUGUUUUUAAAUUUUCAUAUAUCAUCAAUUAUCAUUGUUUCUUACAUUAUAGUGUGCAGUUAUCAAUUAAUAGUAAUUUUCAUUGCGUACCGCGUGUUACAUCAACAAUAUUAGUCAUUAAUGUCAUUAUAUCGAACUACUUUCUCUAGCAGCCAUUAUAUUUAUCAGUACAUUGGGCUUUCUUCUCCAACAAGCAUUACAUUUAUAAAUAAAAUGUAAUCCAUCAACGCGCUUCCCAUACGCAUCUGCGUGCCUAGAAAACCUGACAUGACUUAUCAGUGAACAUUGCAAUACAUUGAUACAUGAAAAUACGAAGACAAAUUUUUAUUUUCAUCGUAUUGAUUUAUUCCCCUACUUAAGAUAAGUUGCUGAUAUACGAAAGCUUGUAUAUGAAAAAGGUGAUUUUGGAAUUUGUAUAACACCUAUUUGAUACGAAUAAUGAUAAUUGUGUACAUAAAUAAGAAUAAAAAAAAACGUAAAACAAGAAAUUCUAUCAGAUUUAUACUAUCAAAUGAUUGAAAUGAGUGACGCGUUUUGCUUAAAAAAUAACAUAUUUUUAAGUACGUAUUAGAAAUUGAUUUGUAGCGUAUAAUGUAUAAUGAUAAAAAAAAUUUAUUUUCAAAUCUACAUGCAGCUUCAGCUAAUGUUAAAGACAGCAAUUGGAAAAAGCAAAUCGAGAGCACAGAUCUUUAUAGUCUUUCAUAUCUUCAAAUAUAAUUAUAAAAAGCAAAGAAAAA